CGACGUCAGAGAUUAUUAGGUCCUGGUGGUGGCAGCUGAGACUUUCAGCAAAGAGCAGACUCAUAACAACAUUUUCGGGACUCUAACUGAGGAACAUUCCCUUGAUAUUUAUUGGUUAUCCUAAACCAAUUCUUAUCGAUUUAAAUAAUUUAGGUUCAAGUGACAAUAACGUUAACCUUAACCAGUUCCGACAUAUGAAAUGAACGGAUAUACGGAAGUAACUAGCUGCCUGCAUAGCUAGCUAACAUUAGCUAGCUUCUCUUGAGAGAGUCUGGAUGCCAGAAUUAACAGGAGGCAUGGAGCUGGGGAGGCAACUGUGUGGUAAGAUGCGGCGGAACCGGCGUGCUGACCAGGCCAUCACAGCGCUGCAGAAGGGCCUGGAGGUGCACUUCUACCAGCCGGACACCCACCAGCUGGAGUACCUCAAAGACUCGUACGUGGCCGAGGACAUCUGUGUAGAGGCAGCCAGGAGAUGCCGAAUCUCGCCGCUGUGUCACAACCUUUUUGCGCUGUAUGAGGAGGGCCGCGACCUGUGGUACCCACCCAAUCACAUCUUCAAGAUCACAGAGGACACCUGCAUCAAGCUGCACUACCGCAUGAGGUUCUACUUCACCAACUGGCAUGGCACGAGUGAGACGGAGUCGCCCGUCUGGCGCCACACUCUCAGCAAACAACAUAGGGGGGGUGUGGGCACGCAGAGGGGCUCGGAGGGCACUCCGCUGCUGGAUGCUGCCUCACUGGACUACCUGUUUUCCCAGGGCCAAUAUGACUUUCUGAAAGGGCUGGCGCCAUUGCGCGUCCACCAGAGUGACGCGGAGCUGCACGAGAUUGAGAACGAGUGUUUGGGCAUGGCCGUACUCGCCAUCACACACUAUGCCAAGAGCAAAGAUCUGCCCCUGCCCGGUGUUGCUGCCGAGAUCAGCUACAAGCGCUUCAUCCCAGAGGAGCUGAACCGCACCAUCAAGCAGCGCAACAUCCUGACGCGCAUGCGCAUCAACAACGUCUUCAAGAACUUCCUCAACGAGUUCAACUGCAAGACCAUUCAAGACAGUAACAUCUCGCUGUACGACCUGAAGGUGAAGUACCUGUCCACGCUGGAGACGCUGACCAGGGGCCUGGGCUGCGAGACGCUGGAGCCCAGGACACUGCGCCUGUCCGGGGAGAACGAGAGCGCGCUGCGCUCGCCCAGCUCUGGAGACGAUGGCCAGGGCUACGAGGUCCAGGUGUCUGGGACCGUAGGGAUAUCCUGGAGGAAAAAACCCAUCGGAUCUGUGAACAAUCCCACGAAAGAUAAGUACAAGUCCAAGAAGACGAAGGACAGCACCAAGAAGAACGACAAGAAUAAAGAGGCUGACGAAGGCUGGACUCUCUUUUCGGACUUUCAUGACAUCACACACAUCGUCAUCAAAGAGUCCACAGUCACCAUCUACAGACAGGACAACAGGAGAAUGGAGCUGCAGUUGGCGUUCCGUGCAGAGGCCUUGUCGCUUGUGGCGUUGAUUGACGGCUACUUCCGGCUGACAGUGGACGCGCAUCACUACCUGUGCACGGAAGUGGCACCGGCCUCUGUGGUGCACAACCUGCAGAGUGGCUGCCACGGCCCUAUCUGUACGGAGUACGCCACACAUAAGCUGCGACAGGAGGGAAAUGAGGACGGGGCGUACGUGCUGCGCUGGAGCUGCACUGAUUUCAGCUACAUCAUCAUGACUGUUGUCUGUUUAGAGGUGGACUGUAUGGAAUCCAGGCAGGUUCCCCAGUAUAAGAACUUCCAGAUUGAGGUGAGUCCACAGGGCUACAAGCUGUUCGGAACGGAGACGCUCCACCCGACCCUCAACGAGCUGCUGAUCCACCUGUCCGGACAGAACCUGCGCACGGAGAACCUGCGCUUCCAGCUAAGGAGGUGCUGCCCACCUCAGCCCAGAGAGGCCUCCAAUCUGCUGGUGAUGACCAAAGGCAGAGAACUGGUUCCUCAGAGGCCGCCGCAGGUCAGCCAGCUCAGCUUCCACCGAAUCCUCAAAGAGGAGAUCGUACAGGGGGAGCACCUUGGCCGUGGCACCAGGACCCACAUCUAUGCGGGGGAACUGAUCAUGAAGAGCGAGGAUGAGGAUGAGACUGGGGGCUACCACAGCUCUCCCAAGGUCAAGGUGGUGCUGAAGGUGCUGGGCUCCGGACACAGAGACAUCUCACUGGCCUUCUUUGAGACGGCGAGUUUGAUGCGGCAGGUGUCUCAUAAGCACAUCACCCUUCUGUACGGAGUCUGUGUGCGCCACCAGGAGAACAUCAUGGUGGAGGAGUUUGUGCAGCUGGGCUCUCUGGAUCAGUUCAUGCGCAGGCAGAACAGUCCUCUCAGCACAGCCUGGAAGUUCCAGGUGGCCAAACAGCUUGCCAGCGCUCUCAGCUAUUUGGAGGAUAAGAAGCUGGUGCACGGUUUCGUGUGCACCAAGAACAUCCUGCUGGCGCGAGACGGCCUGGAGAAGGAGGGGGGGCCCUUCAUCAAGCUCAGCGACCCGGGCAUCCCCAUCACCGUGCUCACCCGAGAGGAAUGUGUGGAGAGGAUCCCAUGGAUAGCGCCCGAGUGUGUGGCGGACGCGGCUAACCUGAGCGUGGCGGCGGAUAAGUGGGGCUUUGGCACGACCCUGUGGGAGAUCUGCUACAACGGCGAGGUGCCCCUCAAAGACAAAAGGCUGACCGAGAAAGAGCGUUUCUACGCUGCCCAGUGUCAGCUGGCCACACCCGACUGCAAGGAGCUGGCCGAGCUCAUGACCCACUGCAUGACCUACGACCCCCGCAAGCGUCCCUUCUUCAGGGCCAUUGUCCGGGACAUCGACAUGCUGGAGGAGCAGAACCCGUCCAUCUCUCUGCCAGAUCCCUCCACUCUGGAAGUAGACCCCACCAUGUUUGAGAAGAGGUACCUGAAGAAGGUCCGAGACCUGGGCGAGGGUCACUUUGGGAAGGUGGAGCUGUGUCGCUAUGACCCGCGUGGUGACCGCACCGGUGAGCUGGUGGCGGUGAAGUCCCUGAAGCCGGAGAACAGCGAGGAGCAGAGCAGCAACCUGUGGUGUGAGGUCGGCAUCCUCAAAGAGCUCUACCACGAGAACAUCGUCAAGUACAAGGGCAUCUGCAACGAGGAGGGAGGCAGUUCUAUCAAGCUCAUCAUGGAGUACCUGCCGAUGGGCAGUCUAAAGGAUUACCUGCCCAGGAACAAAGUCAACACCAGCCUCAAGACGCUGCUCAAAUAUGCCGUCCAGAUCUGUCAGGGCAUGGACUACCUCGGCUCUCGGAACUACAUCCAUCGAGACCUGGCAGCCCGGAAUGUUCUCGUGGAGAACGAGAGCACGGUGAAGAUCGGAGACUUUGGCCUGACCAAGAGCAUCAAGGAAAACGAGGGCUACUACACAGUGAAGGACGACCUGGACAGCCCAGUCUUCUGGUACGCCCCAGAGUGUCUGGUGCACGGCAAGUUCUACAGGGCCUCAGAUGUCUGGUCGUUUGGAGUCACCAUGUACGAGCUGCUCACCUAUUGUGACACAACACGCAGCCCAAUGACGGAGUUCCUGAAGAUUAUUGGUCCAACCCAUGGUCAGAUGACUGUCACUCGAUUGGUCAAGGUUCUAGAGGAUGGAAGGAGACUGCCACAGCCUGAGGGCUGCCCUGAUGUGGUCUACGCCCACAUGGGGAAGUGUUGGGUGAACACGCCAAACGACCGCAUCGACUUCAAAGGCCUGAUCAGUGUCUUCCAGCAGAUGCUCGCUGACAGCCCACACCCUUGAUGAUACACCAACUGCCUUACCAUCACGGGGACACAAUGUGAAGAGCUCACCCAAGCUGUGGACAUUCAAGACUAUCACACGCAUUUAAACACACACACACACACACACACACACACACACACACACACACACACACACAGGCUUGAUGUAGCAGAGGCUGUGUUUGAUCUGUCUACUUGUGUGAUCACUCUUUCUGGGAGAGUUCUUUUGUUUAUUUGCCAUGUUCUGAAAAUAUUGCUGAACUGAUGACAAAGAGACUGAAUAGACACUGACCCUCUGGGACAAACAAUGCAUGCAGAACUUUCCAGGAACAUGUCUUCACUCGAUUAUGCAAACAAAGUGGUCAGGCUCUAGCCCCUGGCUCCACAUCUGCCGCAUCAGUGGCCCACAUCUUGUAGCCUUUGUUUUUCAUUCAUCCAUGUUUUUAGUACUUGUGUUAAAGUCCUGUUGGAACUGGCCAGCUGGGCCCCCAGAGUUGGACUGGACAGAGAGAGAGGAGGAGGAGGAGGAGGAGGAGGAGGAGAGAGAGAGAGAGAGGAAAGCCCUGUUCACACAUGAGUAGCGCCGGAGCGCUGCCUUUACUUUGCAUUGGGGGGUCGACCUCUGAGUCGGACCGUCUGAGUCAGCAUGGAUUAUACAGAUGGCCACGGGUGCAGUGGCCCGGUCACACACAACGCUCAUCUGUGUGCAUCGGUGUGCGUGCGUAUAUGUCUGUGUCUGUGUUUGUGUGUGUGUGUGUGAGAAAGAGCGUGAGUUUUGGAGCGAGGGCCACUGCACUGACUGCAUGGAAUAUUCUGGACAGCCCGUGGCUGUGUCUGAUUGGCUCUUGAAAGCUCUUGACUGAACCCCGGCAGCUGGCUUUCGUUCCUGCGUGUCUGACCGCCAGCGAGGCCUCAGGAAGUGCCCUGGACAUUCCCUGGAAAGCCCAAGCCUCCUCUCUCCCGUCCUGCCAGUGGCUUCUCUCUCGUCAUGCCGUCUUCCUCUUCCUCUUCCUCACCUCCUAUUGGUCUGUUUGAGACUGAAAUGGACUCAAGGACUCGGGCCUGCACUCAGACCCACAGAGCUCAUCUGGCCAGUCAUAUGUGUCCCUCAUGCGUGCAGAGAUUGCCUCAUGCUUUGUCACUUCAGAAAUGUUUGUACAUGCAGCACUCAUUAUGGCCACUAGAGGACACCAAAGUAUAUUCUAUGUAUCAAGUGCUAUUAGACACAUAUUCUGAGCCCAGUAAAAAAAAAAAAGUUUCUAUAUUCUACAGAGAAAAUGAUUCUUCUUUGUGAUGAAAAGAGUAUGUUGUGGAUGCGGACAUAUGACUGUAUGUGUUGACUUGUGGAGUGGGAGAUCCACAUUGCCAUAUACGGUAUGUGCAGUGUUGUGUUUAUAUGCUGUAUGGGGUGGUUGAAUUAGUGCCAUGUCUAUAUUCCUCUCCUCCUGCAGGAGGCUGGGUGGCUCCUAGUCCUUCUCCAAGGCCAGUGCAUGUCUCCCUGCCCAUGGAACAGAUGAACAGGGCAGCCUUCAAUCCAUGAUUAUUAGACAAGCAGUGGGCUGGAUAACUGAGCAGACUUGGAUUUUAGAGUUUGAUUUCUAGGCGUCAACCAUUUGAUGGAAAAUAUGUAAAAUCUGAUUCUUCUGAUAAUCCUUAUUCUAUUCUCGUAAAGCUACAAGUUAAUGAUAUCUCAAAACGAUUUUAAAAAGCUAAUGUGUAAAGAUUCUUUAUGACUGGAGACAAAAGAACAGUUUAGUCUCGCUUAACAGUAUGCUAGGCUUGCGUCUACAGUGUGUGACUUCCACAGCCAUACAUGGACACAGAUGCACAGAUGGAGUGAGUGGGGGAGAAGCACAGGAGGGAAGAGAUGAAUGCAGAGAGAAGGAAAAGAGAAGGGAGACAAAGGAAGUUGUCCCAAUAUUUUGUUUUAUUUCGGAAUGUAAAACAAUUCCUGUUUCAAAAGAACAAAAAUGAUAAUUCAGAGAAAUAAGACAGGAAAGUACGACAUGUGGGGGAGAAAAUGUACAUAAAUACACCUUUCAAAUAAAUAACAUCUUUUUUCA